AUGUCCAGUGUGCUUGAAGCGCGCAGGGAGGACAGCGACCAUGUGCUCGAAGAUGCCGCCCCGCCCUCGACUGGCAAGACCAAGAAGUCUGUCCGCAUUCUCUCGCCCACUACUACGAUUCCACCGCCCAUCUUUGACGACUCAGAUGCGACCUUGAACGAGCUUAUGGCCCGGCGAUCGAGCCAAGGUCGGCCUGCAAGCCCACCGCCUCCCGUAACACCCGCCGGCUUUGUCAACAACUCUGUCACAGCGGGCGAAGCCAAUGCCCAAGUUGUCGGGAAAGACGCCAUGGCAAUAGCGGACGCGUCCCCAAACCCGAGAUCAACCUUUGGCGAGCCGCUGGCGAUGCAAUCGCCGGGUAACGUACCAGCGAAUCCAUUCUCGAGAACACUGGCCUCGUUAGAACCCCAAGACAAAGAGAGCGAGGAGGAGCGGACGAACACGGGAAGACCGAUGCUAGGCAACAGCAGAGCUUCCUUGGAUGUGGAGAGCUUCAAGAACCUACUCCUGACCGGAAAGGCUACUCCGCGACCAUCCGGUCCGCCUCAGCAGUCUACGAGCGCAUCACAACCCGUCGCAGGCGCGCAAUUCGAGACCAGUAGUAGCACGGAUACCUCCUCAGUCUCCCGGCAAUCGCUAUUCGAGCCCAUACAAGAAUCCCACGCUGACUCGCCACGUACAUCGGUCGAUAUGGCUGACUCGGAAGAGGACGAGAGCAUGGGGCUAGUCUCCGAGGUGAAGAAGGGCAAAAAGAAGCCCCCACCUGCCCCCAAGCAUCGACACGGAAAGCUCGUUACGCAGAGACAGCCACAGACAGUGUCCUUCGAGAGCUUUGCAGCCACAGAGCCAACACCACCGCCGGCUAUCAGACGGACAGACAGUUCGGAUACAAACAAGCCGCUCCCCCCAACUCCCGUUGCUGCGCCGCAGUCAUCCCAUAUCAGCACGCAAGAUACCACCCCGCUACAAUCCCAACCAACCCCACCAGCACAAGACCUGCCUUCACCGCCUUCGGAAGGCACAAAUAGACAAAAGAAGGCACCUCCGCCCGUGCCAUUGGCCCAAAGCCGACGGACGAGCACGGAGUACCGCCGUACAAGCACAGAGCACAGACGGACGAGCGUAGCCAGCGAAAGCUCAUUGAGAAGGGAAUACGCACCUGCAGACGAGAAAGGUGGGAACGAAUAUGCUUUAUACUCGCCAAUGGAAGAGAGCGAGAAGAAGCUGGGUCUCGAUGAAAAUCUGACUGGUGGGAAGGAGGGCGAGGGAAGGAGCGACUCAAGUAACAUCCUCGACGAUAUGGAAAAGUUCCAACGCGAGAUCGACGAGUUGAGGACGAAGUAUAAACAAACGGGAUAG